AUGCAUAUUGGAGAGGGAUUCAAUGAAGAUGACAAUCAUGAUGACUUGAAUGUAGACAUCCUAGAUGAUCUCGAUGAUGACCCAGAAGAUUUUACCGAGACAUCUGAUACAUGGAUGAACUCACCCGAGCUCAUUGUGAUCCCAUUGCCAUCAAACCUCGGGGUAGAUCAAUGCAGAUGCUUGAUGGCAGAGGAUCUCAUUCCGCUGGAGAUGUCCCUUCACAAAGGGCAGGCAAAUGAUGCACUUCACAACCUCCGCAUUCACUUGUGCAACAAGGCAGUCCUAUUCCGAACGACAGUCAGGCAAGCCAAAUCUCAAGCCCUGAAAACUCGAGCCUGGUCGCAGGUGACGUCAGUGCAGCAGGCUGUCUCCCUGCAUGCGAGUAUAUAUACCAAGACCAGGACACAAAUGAUGAAAUUUGACAUGGGGCAUGGCCAACUUCAGAAGUACAAACCCCUGCUUCGCGAGCAGCUCAAAGUCAGCACUGCUGUGGGUGAUCCAAAUGCCUGUGGUCAACAAAAUGAAUCCCUCGCAUGGUUCUGGUCCGUCGAGGUCGACAUGCGUGGUCCAGAUCAAUCAUGGAAUGAGGAAUUUUACCGAGUUCACUGGCUCCGGGCAAAGGCACUACAGGAUCAAUGGAAGGAAGAGCUGAUGUUGGUCCAAUUCGAGAUGGAUUGGAUAUGUAACUUUUUCUUGUGGAAAGCAACCCAAUGGGGCGACCAGAUGCAGGAAUCAUUCACAAAACGACUUCCGGGUCAUGCAUGCUACUCCAGAAGGCAAUCCCAAAUGUAUUCAUUGCUGGCGCAGGACGCCCAGGCAGCGUUUCAACACCUGCAGACCAUUUUGAUAGAUUUCCGAGAUGAAUGA